AUGGUUCGCAUGAAAACCUUGAGGACGUUUGUGCUCUCAGGACUCGCAACCAACCUUUCCGUGGUGGCAGCAGCUGGACGAGCAUGCGAGAAUGGAACCCGCCCGUAUUCAGCAUGGCUGGCCGAUAGUGUCAUUGCCCGCAAAGAUGCGUUGUUGACUGCUGACACUGAAGGCGAUAUUUCGCUUUCAUUGAAGCUUGGGUUGUUCCAGAUCAGCGUCAUUCACUUGAAGGAGUACUAUGAUGCUGUCUCAUGUGCGAAGGAGGAUUGGGACGCGUACCUGAAAGAAGCUACAGAUAGCAUUCUUCCUAGAGUGCUGAAUGUCACCGGUGAUAUUGAGGCUCCUAUGGACAUUUUCACCACUGCUAAUGGGCUGUACUACCAAUAUGAGAAGUCUGGAGAUGAGAAAUACAAGCAGGGCCUUGAUGCCUUGAGGCAGGCGUAUGAUGGUAGGAGACGAAACUCGGAAGGCGGCUUUUGGUUCUACAACGCUCGACCGAACCUCAGCUACCUCGACGAAACGUAUCCUCUGGGUGCUUUCACUACCAUUAUCAAGAACCGGUUCGAGCCUACCAAUGAAACCCUGGCCGAAAAUCUCAGCAAAGACCUCGACCUAUUCAAAGACCACUGUCACCACGAUACUGGCCUUCUAGCGCACGGCUACGAUGCUUCGAAAUCCGCCCCCUGGUCUAAUAAGACCACUGGUGCAAGUCCGUAUGUCUGGGAUCGCGCCCUUGGGUGGUAUCACAUGGGCCUCGUUGAAUUGCUCUACAACACCGACGAAUUUGGCAUUCUCAACCAAACGCAAAGGGACGACGCCUACAAGAAGUACUACAACCUGGCAAAUACCAUUAUUAACGACGUUGAUGAAGCUACGGGGUGCUGGUGGCAGGUAAUGGAACAUGGCGGGGAGAAAGGCAACUAUAUCGAGACGAGCGGAUCAGCCAUGUUCACCUAUUCAAUCCUUAAGGGUGUGCGGCUGGGCUACUUGACGGGCAAUCACCCUGAAAGUGGCAAGAACUACAAGGAGACGGCGCAGAAGUGCUAUAACUGGCUGCUCGAGAAUCGCGUGGUCCCGGAUGACAACGGCGCGUUGAAUGUGAGCGGCACUGUUGGAGUGUGUACAUUGGAGGAUCCGACGUAUGAGUACUACACUACCCAGCCUUUGUCGUAUAACAGCGUGCUUGGAUUUGCACCGUUCGUGAUGGCGAGCUUGGAACACGAAAUGGCUGCUGACGCGAUGAGUUCUUGA